GCAAAGGCGGAAAUAGGAAGAGGGAUUAUGCGGCCGUAAACACUGAUCUAAAGUCAGUUUAUUUGGUUUAUUCUCCAAGUGGUAAAUUAGGAUUGUGGUAUGAUAAACUGAUGUAAGAUCUGCUUUAGAGACAUCAUCUGAUUGAAUGAAUGGAUCAUGUGAGAACGGCCAGGGCCAGUUGCUGUGGAAACGUGAAUGGAGUCAACUCGUUUCGUGAUGGAAGAAAUUCAACAAAGAAAAAUGUCCCAUAACCAUGGGCUAGAGCUGCAUCUUCGCCAUCAUUAAACCAGAGGGCCAGUCAGUGGAUGGUUCAGGAGGACAGCGCCUAGCCUGGCCACCCCAGCCACAUGAUGCUCCAACAGGCAGGCUCUGUGCAGCUUCUCUGCCUCACUGCCAACAGUGGGGUUCCUCUCUUCACCCGGGGGGCCUCUAAGCAACUCCCAUUCUCCAUCAUCGGCUCCCUGAACGGUGUGCACAUGUUCGGAGCUGGCCAGGGGGUGGUGCUGGCUGGCUGUGAGACUGAUCGUGGAGGCCGGAUGGUGUGGAGGGUAUUUCAGGACAGCGUGAUGCUCAUAGCAGUGAGCAGCGGUAGGCAGGCCCAGCAGGAAGGUGGUGGUGCAGGUGAAGAAGACCUCCACCUGCGGCGCCUGCUGGAGAAUGUGUGGAACUGCAUGGUGCUGGUGCUGGGGCAGGAUGAGCUGGCCAGCUUGAGGAACGUGGAGCGGCUGAAGAGGGACCUGCGCUCCUGCUACCGCCUCAUCGACCAGCUCAUGGAGGGGGGACAAGGACAGGAGGGCAUUAUGGGGGACCUGACGCAUUGCGCGGACUGCCUGCUGCCCCCCAAUGCCACCGUGCUUCAGGAGGGCCUAGACUGCUUUACCCAGGCAGCAGAUAGCGAGUUUGGCUGCCUGAUGGUCCACGGACGGAUAGCCACUGCCACGGAAAAAUGGUGGCGUCUGGCGCCGCAGGAAGUGGUUCUCCUAUCCGUUCUGACCCGCUCUCUCUCCCUCUCAGGCUCUGCGUCCUGUGACACCCCUGUCUUCCUGCCCCAGGGCAGCCCCACCGUGGCACAUCGCCUGCUCCGCUUCCAGCUGCUUCCGGGAGUGGAUGUGUGCGUGCUGUGCGGCCCCAGUCCCACCCUGCACAGGGCUGAGAGCGAGCUGGUGGGUUGUUUCUGGUCUCCUCUACUGGAGGCCCUGAGAGGCAGCCUGGCCGUAGGGGAGCGCUGCCUGCCAGGCUCUGUGACCCUCCGCCCUGAUGUCCUGGCUCUGUUGCUCAUCAACAGAGAGUCCCGUCGCUCUGUCUCCUGUGUGAAGGCCAUCAUUACUAACCCCAACCAUCCUCCCAGUGACCAUCCUCUGCCCUCCAAGGCACGCUGCUGGGAGCUGCUCAGGCUCUUCUACACUUUCACCACCACUCGCUACUUUCCUCUGGAGGAGACCCCGGCCCUGACCCCAGGGGAGAAGGCCCAACGUGGGGACUCCCUCCGGGAGGACUUUGCCCUGGGCUUCUCCCACCAGCCGCUGCAGUGCUACCUGGUGACUGAGGAGUGUAAGUGUUUUGGCCUGCAGACUGCCCAACAUCAGCUCUACCUGCUCACCCCUCUCUCAGUGCCUACCUUCGCCCUAAGCUCUGUGGCUACACAGACCCUCUCCGCCAUCACUUUAGCUACAGGAUUUUAGGCCAUAUUUUAUAAUGGGCAUGGGCACAUUGCUGUGAAACCUAGGGAUAGCAUUACACUGUUCACUAUAUGUACCACUUUCAUCAUAGACAACCAUUAUGGAGCAAGGAAUGAUCCUUUUACCUCAAUUUGAUACUCCAGAAUAUUUGUGUGUGUGUAUAUACAGUAUAUCACAAAAGUGAGUGCACCCCUCACAUUUUUGUAAAUAUUUGAUUAUUUCUUUUCAUGUGACAACACUGAAGAAAUGAUACUUUGCUACAAUGUAAAGUAGUGAGUGUACCACUGGCAACAAGAGUGAGUACACCCCUAUGUGAAAAUGUCCAAAUUGGGCCCAAUUAGCCAUUUUCCCUCCCAGGUGUCAUGUGACUCGUUAGUGUUACACGUCUCAGGUGUGAAUGGGGAGCAGGUGUGUUAAAUUUGGUGUCAUUGCUCUCACA